AUGUACAGGUACUUGGCGGCUUUCAAUGAUAGUGAAGGUAUUACCCUGGCGAUCUAUCCAGAGGCGUAUGCAGACUCGGAUGAGAAAUCGUCGGAGUCGGACGACGGUGAAAGUCGUGCUCCUCGAUACACUUCGGGAGUCUCGAGCGGUUUGCUAACUAUAGCCAUUGAUGCACUUCGAACAUUCAAUGCUAUAGAUUGUUGCCUGGACGUUACCACGGCAACAGUGAACUUUCAACCGUUCGAGCGACCGGAUAUAUACAGCAUAUUGAAAGGAAGGUUUCCUAGGGAGAUUCAUAUGUGUGUGACACGAUAUCACUGGUCGGAGGUCCCAAGUCGACGCGAUCAUGUAAAAGACUGGAUUGCUGAUCGAUUCGAAACGAAGGAAGAGAUGCUGCAGAGGUUCUAUUCUCCUCUACAAGUGUUGCUCAACGCCGCGCCUGGCCAAGAAAUGUCAUCGGAGGAAUCGUCGUUGCAGGCGGGCGAUGAGCGCACUAUUCGACUGGAAUCAUCGUCAUCAUCGUUACUGGGCAACUCGGAUGAGGAGGCGGUUAGUAUCACGAGCAACACUAGUUCUGUAGUGGACCAGCUGGACCCGGCGUUGUGGUUCUCAGAGGCUCCAGGAGAGUCCCCGAUGGAGGAAGUAUUGUCGAAAGAAAUGAAGUUUGUGCAAUAUGCAUACACGAGUUACAUGCUCUGUUUCGUGGUUGCUUUGGUGGUUCACUUGUUGAUUGGAGUGGUAUUUGUCCGAGCUCCCGGUUUUGUUAUAUGUUCGGCUGCUGGUAUAUGUACAGUGUAUGCUCUGGUUACCGUCACAGUUGGUGGUUUCGAUAUUCUCGAGCUCGAAAUGGACCAUUGUCGUAUGGCAGCUUCAUAG